AUGGCUGCGCUGCAAAGGGACAAUCAGCGAGCCCCAGCCCACCCCGUUGCCGCGCCGAUGCCAGGUCAAGUGAUAGUUAACACACAAGCCUACCGUGCGCCGUUACCCACAUUUGAUGGUCGCUAUGAAGCAUGGCCACGCUUCAAGGCCAUGUUCCAGGACCUUAUAGAGCGAACUAAUGAUUCAGAUGCUGUUAAGCUAUACCAUCUGGAAAAUUCGCUCAAGGGAGAAGCUGCAGGGGUUAUAGAUAUUGAGACGCUUCAAAACAACCACUACGAGCGCGCGUGGGAAAUAUUGGAGCAACGAUUCGGAAACAAGCGCCUCAUAUUGGAAAGUCACAUUCUGGGCCUCCUGAACAUGACGAAGGUUCAAAGGAAAAGUUCCAAAGAGCUGCGGAAUCUGGUGGACAAGUGUACUCGACACAUUGACAACCUAGUCAAGCUAGACCAACCUCUGACUGGUAUGUCACAAAUGUUCGUGGUGACAUUGCUGACACGUGCACUGGAUGAUCAAACCCGUGAGUUGUGGGAAGCCUCAUUUGAUCAAACGGAGCUACCACAAUAUGAUGACAUGAUCGAGUUCCUGAGACAGCGAGUUGUGAUAUUGGAGCGCUGCGAGACUGCCACAACAGUUGGAACGUCCAAGACUUCAAAGUUUGCAUCGUUCAAAGGAGGAGCCUCGAAAUCAUCGCAUGCAGCAAUAGCAACAUCGGAAAAUGCAUGCGACUUCUGUAACGGCCAGCAUUAA